UGCGCAAGGCGAAAGUUGGGCGGGCUGGUGGGCGGAAAGUGAGGCGAGGUUUCUCUUUUCCAGCCGUGAAGCACAGGUGGCGCCCCGCCAGCUUCCCUUUUCCCCGGGAGGCUUCCACCGGGCCAACGCCAGCAUGUCGGAGAGGCUCAGCAAGCCGACGUGCCUCAUUGUGGCUAGCGCCGCUGCUGCAGGUGUAUCAGCUGAUUCUUUCUUCCACUCUUUUACAUUGGCUAGCUCUGCUUUUAAUCUACAGGUUGCUACCCCAGGGGGGAAGCCAAUUGAUUUUGUUGGGGUUAAUGAAACAAAUAUGCGUUGGAUCCAGGAUUUCCGUAUGAAAUCCUACGCAAAUCCAGCCAAGUUGGAAUCAACAGAUGGUGCAAGAUACCAUGCUUUGUUGAUUCCUGACUGUCCUGGUGCUUUGACAGAUCUAACAAACAGUGGCUACUUAGCUAGAAUAUUGCAGCAUUUCAGUUCGGAGAACAAGCCUAUUUGUGCUAUUGGAAAUGGAGUGGCUGCCUUAUGUUGUGCCACGAAUGAAGACAAGUCUUGGGUGUUUCAAGAAUACAGCUUAACAGGGCCUUCUGUCUAUGAACUUGUAAGACUUCCUAGUUUUGCUAGUUUACCAAUUAUUGUUGAAGAUUUUUCAAAAGAUGCUGGAGCUACUUUCAGUGCCAGCAAGGUAGAUGCAGUUCAUGUCGUGCUUGACAGACACCUUGUCACUGGACAAAAUGAAAAUUCUACUGUGGCAGCUGUACAGAAUCUUAUUUUUCUCUGCAAUGGCAGCAGAAAAUGAUGGAAAUAUCCCUGUGACUGAGCAGAAUAAAUGAACAUGGAAGAAUUAUUUGACUUGUGAAAAUUGCUAACCUUUCAUUUAUCAACCAAUAGAGAACACAGCUGAUUUCUAAAGGUGGCAUUUUGUAGCUCAAGAACAAAUAAUAUUCUUAAAUCUAUAUAGUAAGGCUUGCCUGUUAUCAGAUGUGACAGUAUUCAUAGACAUUCAUUGUUUGUAUGAGUAUAAGAAUAAUAUAUUUUCUCCUACCUCGCACUUUCAUAAACUAAGGAUAAAUUGAUUUGAAAGAUUUCAGUUAUAGUUCCCUGUGUUUCUGAACUUCCAUCAACUGUAGUCUGUUUAAAUCAUUUCUUCUUAGCUAAGUUUCCCAUUUUGCUUGAUCUGGCAAAACCAGUGUAAGAUAUGGGCUGAAUAAGUAAUCUGAUAAAUCAAGGCUGAAUCUAUUAGCUCCACGUUAUCAUUUCAGAUUGUGAAUUAAGUUUCAAGCUAUGGGAUUAUGAAGUGACUUUCUCUUUUCAUAUAUAGGAAUACAUGUUGUAAAGUUUACAAUGAGAGAUAUUAGUGAUAUUACUAAUAACAAGUGAACUUCAAAAAAAGGAACAAUUAACUGUAAAAAUAAUUUUAAAAUGGGAUAGGUUAACUUUAUUUAAUGAGUUAGUGUUUUCCAUGUGUUCAUUCGUUGUAGCAUGACAAUAGCGGUUCAUUUAUUUUGCUUACUAUAGAAAGCUUUUGAUUGAUUAAAUUUUUACUUCAGUUUU